AUGACGAAACUGAACGAAAGCAUCAUGCCGGCAAAGUUUUUAGCAGUUAUUUGCCAAGUGGUGAUGAAUAUUACUAUACUUUACACUCACAAACAAAACGUAUACUCAUCUUUUGAUUAUCCAAUUUCAGACUCAGAUUCAGAUUUCGAAGAAGCAGAUAGGUCGCUGUUGGCAUGUGCAGUGAUAAGUUUACUACUUCUGGGAGUAGAAAUUUUGGUGUUGUUUUCAGGAUUGUCAUUGUUUUAUGAUCACGCAAAUAUUGUGGAAAUAGUUUUACAUUGCCUAGGGGUGAUCAUCACAUGUUGGUUCAUUUUAGAUGAUUGGAGAUACUCAGGAUUGUGGGGCAUUUGGGCAUUUACAGUGCUGAUACCUUUUAUUAUAGAGGUAGGAAUUGUCAUAAACAGCAAACAAUUAUAUAAUAGCCAAGAUUAG